AUGGACGAGAACGGUGAAAUUUCAGAGGCUCCUCCUUCUGGGCCGGAGGAUAAGGUUACCGCCGAGAAACACUCGUCACCGCCUACAGACGCCGCCGUCGACGAAGUGACCGACAUGUUCGCCGGGCUCAACAAGAAGAAGAAAAAAUCCUCCAAACCCAAGACGGAAGACAACGAAGACGGCGAAGUAGCAGCAGACGGCGACUUCGACGCCUCGGCCCUGAAGAAGAAAAAGAAGAAGUCCACGAAACCCAAGACCGAGGGUGCGGAGGACUUUGCCGCGAAGCUGGCCCAGGCUGGUCUCGCAGAAGGCGGAUCCGAUGAAAAGCAAGAUCAACCCUCUGCAGGGCAAGACCAAGAUGGAGACAUGGACGCCGGCACCGGAAUCUGGGCGCAUGACGCCACAAGCCCUAUUACCUACGCCCUUCUGCUGAAGCGUUUCUUCGAAACCGUCAACAAGAACAACCCGGACAUCCUGAUGUCGGGUUCCAAAUCCUACAAGAUUCCGCCCCCGCAGUGUCUCCGCGAAGGCAACAAGAAGACCAUCUUCGCCAACAUCCACGAAAUCUGCUCGCGCAUGAAGCGUACCGACGAACACGUCACACAGUUCUUGUUCGCCGAACUGGGUACCAGCGGCAGUGUGGACGGGUCCAAGCGAUUGGUUAUCAAGGGUCGGUUCCAGCAGAAGCAGAUUGAGAAUGUCCUGAGACGGUACAUCGUCGAAUACGUCACGUGCAAGACGUGCAGGAGCCCAAACACCAAGUUGGAGAAGGGCGAGAAUCGACUGUACUUUGUCGAAUGUCUGAACUGCGGGUCGAGGCGGUCAGUCACGGCUAUCAAGAGCGGUUUCACGGCCCAAGUCGGCAAGAGAAAGAGGCUCAAUGGUUAA